UUUUGUGGGAAUCGGGAAUCCCCGACCAUGUCACACCCCGUGGAGGCCCAGACUCGGCCCCGGAAGUAUCCUUUUGUCCACAUGCGUAUUGCGGACCACAGUGUGCUGGACUCCAUCGAGGGACGCCACGUUUGCCGGCUCUGCAAUCGCUCGCGGAAGUUUUUCUGCUAUAGCUGUCACAUUCCGGUGGAGGAGCUGGAGAAGCUGUUGCCGCGUUUGGGGCUGCCGCUGCAGAUUGACAUCAUCAAGCACAAGAAGGAAAUCGAUGGAAAGAGCACGGCCGUACAUGCUGCCGUGCUGGCGCCGGAGCACGUGCGGAUUCACACUUAUCCCGAUAUUCCCGACUACCGCCUGGAGAAGGACGUGGUGCUCAUCUUCCCCAGCGCCAAGAGUCUCACAGUGCCACAGCUAUUCGAGCGAAACGUCCAGCUGAAGAUCGACGAUAACUAUGGCCUGCCCAAAGGACAUCACAUGGGCACAAUGCUACGCCGUCGAGUGGAUGAGAUUGAGGUUUUGGAGGACCAACCAGAGACCACGUCUAAGCGCAGCUAUACUUAUGGGAACCUACCCGUCCGCCGAGCAGUCUUUAUUGACAGCACCUGGAACCAGAGCCGCGGCAUAUACGCGGACGAGCGUGUCCGAGGCCUGCGCACGGUGGUACUCCAGAAUCGCCUGUCGCAGUUCUGGCGCCAUCAGCGUGGCAGCCCGCGAUGGUACCUGGCCACCAUCGAGGCGAUCCAUCAGUUUGUACUCGAAGUCCACGUCAAUGCCUGGGGUCUCAAUUCCGCCUACCGAGGGCUAGACAACCUGGAGAUAACAGAGGGCUUUCAUCAGCUGGCGGCGCCUCUGACACGAGAGGCCCCCUCGGAGGAUGUUGAGCGGGAGUCGCCCUACAACGGACAGUACGACAAUCUCUUGUACUUCUUUGCCAACAUGUAUGAUCUCAUACACAAGUACUAUGACCACAACGAUCUGAUAUCGUAUCGACGUCCGAUUUAGUAUGAGAAGAGAGUUUAUUGUAUGAGAUAAAUACACGUUAAUGUUAUGUUA